UAAGCGCAAGUAAGUCAGUUUGUCCUUUAGAAUAGACGAAACGAUUGUUUCAACGGAAUCAUACAAUCGCUUAUAUAACACUUUACCUACGGACUUCAUACAAUGGAUGUUCACGAACAUAAAGUAUUUCUGGCUGUGUGCUUGGGUCUAACGCUUGCAGUUUCGGAGUCAACGGAAAUGCCUAACUGUGUUUUGGAUAUUGAAGAUAUACACGAAAACAUCACGUACUGUACUUUUAGCAACUGGUUAAAAUGGGAUUGUGAUUCCUGUGGUAACAAUUAUGAAGGGAACCUACAGACAACGUUGCGAAAACGAGCACUGUGCUGUUCGAAGGAUCAAACAUCAGUCGCUUCGUGUCUCGCUGAGUGCAACAAACCUACCGGGUCGGACGAAGAGAAAGAAACAUGUGUAGGUGUGUGCCCCACCUUGCCACCAACAACUAUACCAACGACAACAUCUUCUACUACUACAACAACUACUCUUGCUGCUACGAGUGUAACCACCCCUCAAACUAUGUCAGCCACAACCCUAACAACAACUACAAGACCGAUACCUACUACUGAAAAGAGUGAAGCGACAACAACAUCAACCCCAGUUACGUCAACAAUAGCAACAACAAUUCCUACCACAAUACCAACUACCAUUCCUUCUACGACAAGAACUGUUCCCCAAACUACGGCAAUUUCAACAAACUUACCAUCAACUGCAAGUCCGCUAAUUUCUGCAAGAACUUCUGAGAAAACAGAAACGUUUAACCCAUUUACAACACCAACAACCACGACGACAUCACAAACAGCAACAUAUUCACGCACGAUAGUUCCAACGACUGUUUCCACUGCACUGCCAAGUCCGACGACAACAGAAAGAACGCCUACUACCAAAUCGUGGUCUGUCGCAUCAUCUGCUAUUGCUACAACGAAUAUGGAUAAUUAUACCCCAACUAGCUUACCUUCAUCAAACGAAAUGACCAUUGCAAAUUUGACAGUGACAGCUGGCUCGGAAUUAAGCGAGACCUGUUCACUUGGAUCAAUUACAGUGAAAAGGGGUCCGUAUGAAAAAUUCACGUAUUGCACACUUCUCGUCACUUCUUUGACGAUCUUCGGGAUGAUUGCAACCGUGUUGGUCGUGGCUACAGUCGUCAUCAAACUGAAAAGACGAAAUGCUGUCAAUGACAUCUCUGCUUGGGAUUAACUUGGCAAAGGGAACAACUAUUGAGAACAACAAAUAUAUACUUUUCAAUCUAUUUUUUGACGAAAUCCACAAGGCCGGAAUGCAAUAAUCCGGUAUUAAGCGUAGUAUGCUUUUUAAAAAAACAAUUGAUAUAAUAUUCCAUGGCAUAAAAAAUAUUUUUAACUGUAAUCAUGAAAGGAGCCUGUCGACACCUGGUCAUUUAUUCCUUGUAUAUACCUCUUAACACCACGUAUGAUAAAAUAAACCAUGCAAACAUGUGCAUAUGCAAACGAAUGUAAUUGAAAUGCUAUGUUGUUAAAUAACAAUUAUCUGCAUGUGUUUAAACUUUGUUCACGUUUGUACGUUUUACACCAUUGAACAUAUUUCACAAAUAUAACAUUAAAGUGUCA